CCUCUUCUCCAUCUCAUCUCUUUUCUUUUCUCUAUUAGUCUAGCAGUUUAAUCAGAGGGUGCUGGAAACUACAAGCAGUACUGGCAAGCUAAACUGAAUGACUCUGUCCAUCACAGACCCCCAAGUGAGCUGAAUGGUAAAAGAGUUUGUGGAAGUUUAAUUGAACUGAUGAAUGCCAGAACGUGACAGGGAGCAACGAAAGAAGGAGAACUCCGGCCUCGUGUGCAGCUGUUAAUUCUUGCUACUUCCUGCUUCUGGAGUGCAAAGUAAUUUCUCCUGUGAAUAGGAAUCUGGCUUUUUCAUCUUGUCUCCCAGGCUGUAAGCAAUGUCUUCAGAGGCAGAUCUCAAACCAGAGGGACGUCCUGAGCUGGGUGAAGUGAAUAGGAUUCCCCUACCAAAGACUACCUGUGCUGAAUGGAGCCGCAUCCAGAGCUUCAAAGCAAAACCAGAUGAUCUGCUCAUUUGCACCUACCCCAAAGCAGGUACCACAUGGAUACAGGAGAUAGUGGACAUGAUCCAACAAGAAGGUGACCUGGAGAAAUGCCAGCGGGCCCCUGUACAUCGCCGACACCCAUUCAUAGAGUGGGCACGACCACCCCAACCCUCAGGAGUGGACCAGGCAGAAGCAAUGCCCUCUCCACGGACUCUCAAAACCCAUCUCCCUGUGCAGUUACUCCCCAAGUCCUUUUGGGAACAGAACUGUAAGUUCCUGUACGUAGCAAGGAACGCCAAGGACUGCAUGGUGUCCUAUUUCCACUUCCAAAGAAUGAGCAAAGUGAUCCCUGACCCAGGCACCUGGCAGGAAUACUUCCAGACUUUCAUGGCAGGCAAAGUUAGCUGGGGACCGUGGUACGACCAUGUGAAAGGCUGGUGGAAGGCAAAAGACACUCAUCGUGUGCUCUAUCUUUUCUAUGAAGACAUCAAGAAGGACCCAAAGCACGAAAUCGGGAAGGUGAUGCAAUUUGUAGGGAAGCAACUAGAUGAGGCAACUCUGGACAAGAUUGUCCAUAAUACCUCAUUUGAGGUCAUGAAGGACAACCCAAUGGCCAACCGGGCUGGCGUGCCACUCUCAGUCAUGGACCAGUCCAUUUCCCCAUUCAUGAGAAAAGGGACAGUUGGUGAUUGGAAGAACCACUUCACGGUGGCUCAGAAUGAACAAUUCAAUGAAGACUACCAACGGAAGAUGGCCAACACCACUCUGACUUUCUCCAUGGAAUUCUGAGGGCCAGAACUCCUAUACUUCAAGAGGAUGCCCUGUGGAGGGUGAUUUGUCUCAGCUUGUGUCUUCAGGUGCCUUCUCAAGCUAGGCCUUAGGUCUGUGUACCGUUAUUAUGCUUUGUAAGUGUUCCUUAUGCCAAAUUAAAAACACUGUUGAUCGUU